AUGAGUCCGAUAAACAGUCUCUGGUUCAAAUGGAAGAGCCUUAAGCUUCCCUGGCGAAGGAUGUUCCUCGUCGGGAACGACCUCGCAGGCAACACCUACUGGGAGUUCAAGGACUCUCUUAAGCCCGGUCGGUUUCGGCGCAUUGUGAAGGCAAGCCCUAAAAUACACUACGCCGACGUCAAGGUCCCGCCGCAAUGGCAUCAGUGGCUUCGAUACGUCCGACCCGAGCCGCCUAGCAUUGAAGAACAACAGAAUGAACUCCUACGGCAGCAGAGAAUCAAGUACCUAGCUCAACAGGCGGACGAGCGGUGGGCAAGCAAGCCGUCCUUCCUUGAUAAACCUGCACAACAGGGUGCUCCAGCUCUCCAGUCACACGAGCCAUCCUACCACACUACGAGAAAGGCCCUGGGCGCCGGCAAGACAGAAGCGCCGCAGGGUCAACAGCCGUCUGAGGCAAAGGAAGGCAAGAAGAUGAAAAACCCAUGGGACAGAGCUGCAGGCGGACCCAGCGAGAACUGGCAGCCUGAGUCAUGGAAUCCCAGCGUCUCUAAGAGAUGA